AAAGCAAAGUAGGUAAUAAUGACGGCACGGACAAAAAAAUAUGUAAAGCCGAGCGACGAUCUGAUCUGUGAACUGGCUACCAUCCUAGGCCGGCAAUCGAAAAGCAGUCCUGGUGAAACGAACCCACCGAAGCCAUCGAAUCCAUCGGAGUUCAUCGAAGAGGGUAAUCCCAAGCAGGCCACGAGCAGGACGAGAAGAAGGACGUCGAGGAACGUGCACAAGGAGCGGAAUUGGAAGCUGUCCUCGAGGAACUCUUCCCGGAGGCAGAAGAAAUGUAUUCGGCGGUGAAGCCGCUCUCCAAGUAUCUGCAAUUCAAGUCGAUCCGCAUCUACGACGCCGUCUUCACCAUCCACUCCAAGUGCACGGUGGUCAUCCUGCUCACCUGCUCGCUCCUUCUGUCGGCGCGCCAAUACUUUGGGGAUCCGAUCCACUGCAUCAGCGAGGAGAAGAACAUCGAGUACAUACAGUCCUACUGCUGGACCAUGGGCACCUACAUACUCAAGCUGGACGCCAGCGACGGCGGGCAGCAGCUGCCGGUUCAUCCGGACCAGGAGGGAUCGGGAACCUCCUCCCCCACUUCCCCAACCUCCUCCACCACAUCGCACUCGAGUUGGAAGAGCCGCUCCAGAUACCGCUCCAGGUCGAGCCUCCGCCGAAUGGGGGAGUACAACGAGGCCUAUGCGAGGGCCAUGUCGAUAGCCGAGGGCGUGGGCCCCGAGGUUCGGGGCCAGUCGGAGCGGGAGUACCUGCGCUACUACCAGUGGGUCAUCAUCCUGCUGCUCUUCCAGGCGUUCGUCUUCUACUUCCCCUCGUGCCUGUGGAAGGUGUGGGAGGGCCAGCGACUGAAGCAGCUCUGCUCGCAGGUCGGCGAGGCCCUGCUCUCGGAGGAGACCUACAAUACCCGGCUGCGGCUGUUGGUCAAGUACUUCACCACCGACUACGAGGACAUGCACUUCUGCUACAUGGCCAAGUACGUCUCCUGCGAGAUCCUCAAUUUCCUCAUCAGUGUGGUGAACAUAAUCGUUUUGGAGGUCUUCCUAAACGGAUUCUGGUCAAAGUACCUCCAUGCCCUGGCCACCAUUCCGUUUUACGACUGGGAUCGCUGGAACCGCGUGUCAUCGAGUGUCUUUCCCAAGAUCGCCAAAUGCGAGGUGCUCAAGUUCGGGGCCAGUGGAACGACCAGUAUUAUGGACAACCUGUGCAUCCUGCCGCUGAACAUCCUCAACGAAAAGAUCUUCGUCUUCCUGUGGGCCUGGUUCCUCCUGAUGGCCCUGAUGUCCGGCCUGAAUCUCCUCUCUCGGCUGGCCAUGAUCUGCAGCAGAUAUCUCCGCGAGCAGAUGAUCCGCAGCCAGCUGCGCUUUAUGACCAAGCGGCAUGUGAAACGCGCCCUGCGCGACCUCACCAUCGGGGACUGGUUCCUCAUGAUGAAGGUCAGCGUCAAUGUUAAUCCCAUGCUUUUCCAGGAUCUCAUGCAGGAGUUGUGCGAGCUGCGCACCUCGUCCUCGGCCAGCAGCCUGGAGAGCCCCGUCUAGGGUUUCUUAUGACAAUUGUAAUCCAUAUGGAUCAGAAUCAGCAGAUCGCCUGGAUGACCCUCGCCCAGUUGACGUUGCCGUCGUUGAUUCGCGCGUUUUUGCUUACAUACAUGUGGAUAUUACAUAUAUUUCCUCCCUUCACCUUUGCAAACACUCUACUUAUGUUUUGUAAACAUGUGAGCUAUAUGGUAUCGUAUACUUAUUAUUAGGCUUGGGAUAAAAUGUGGCCCUCGUUGACUUCUGUC